AUGACUCCUGCUUUUUCCCUUCCAGUGCUGACUAUCCUUGCCAUGUUCAGCUGGAGGCAUUCCCAGUCCUUCCCACAGAACUCUGUCAAAAGAGCAGAGGACUUUAUGGCAACGCUGAGGCUGAUCCACCCCCAUGCAGACACCCUCUGUGAGAAGGAAUUUGAGUGGCUCUUUGACUGCCCUGAGACAAAGCAAUUCCUUGAGUGGUUCUGCAGCAUGCUGGGUGAGGAGAACGUGCUGAGCCCAGCUGAGGUGGAAGCCUAUGAGGCCCUGGUGGCUGCAGGCAAACCCAUUUUGGAAGGUGAUGCCCUGGAGGAGGCCCUGAAGAUGUGCUGCCAGGUCCUGCAGCUCCCAGGCUCGAUAGCAGAUGAGGGGCUCCCUCAAGAGGCCUUGCAGCAGCUUCAGGAGCUGAAGCACUGUUAUGACUGCCAGCUCUGGAGGUUCAGGAAGCUGUUGGCUUGGAAAGAAAAGCUGCAGCAGGAGCAGAAGUAUUUGGAGAAGGGGGAGAAAGUGGUGAAGCAGGAGGUGAGGAUGGCUCAUAUGGACCUGAAAGCAAAGAUCUUCAAAACCAGAUCUGUCUUGAGCCAGGUCAGCAAGGCUGCAAAGCAGGUGUCAGAGUGUCAUGGGAACAUGGGGAUGAGCCAGCUGCCAAUACUGCUGUGCCAGACAGAUCUUGAUCCUUACCUGAAGCAAGAACAACAGGCCACUGAUGCAUUUGAGAGCUUUAUUCAGCAGGUCCUACCAAAGAGUGUCCAGGCUCCAGCUGUUUGGAAAGCAAGUGCACAGGGAGAGAGCAGCCUGGAGGAGGGGCUGGAGGCUGAGACACAAAUGGACUCAUACUGUGAAAUACCAGAAGAAAGAAGAGGAGCUCCUUAUCAAGAAUGCAUGAAGACACCGUCAGGGGUGGCACCAGCAAGCUGGGAAAUGUUGGUCCAAGGCUCAAAGGCAGAGCUCCUAGUGGAGGGAGGGAAUGAGAGAGAUGUGUUGAGCAUGGAGAGAGGCGGCAGUCAAGAAGUCACAGAGAGAAGGGACACCAAGAAAACAUCAAUGCCAAAAUGUCUUAGGACUGAUGAAGGUGAGCGGCUGGAAGACCAAGACAGCUUCUGGAAGGAGGUGUGUCGAAUAGAGACAGCAUAUAUCUGUGCCCGAAUGGAGGUCAUAGUCACAGCAGCAAAAGUGGAAGGCACCCGCGCUGCGCUGGAGUGUGCCCAGAGGACUGUGGAAGCUCUUGAGAAUAACCAGCAGGCUGUUGAGGCUGAGCUCCAGAGCCAGGCUGCUGCGCUCCAGAGGCGGCUGCACACCCUGCGUUUCAACAUCGCGCAGACCCUGACGCACCAGCUGCCGCCCCUGCUGAAGGCAGAGGCCUGCCGCCUUCGCCUGCCCAUCCUGCAUGAGUACUUCAGUCUGGAAGUUGCCUGCCUCCAGAACACUGCCAGGAGGCAGGAGGAAGUGGCUGCGUGGCUGUUGAGCCAACACAGCCGCCUGGAUCUGCUGGAGCUCCAGCUGAAAAGGGAGAGGAAGGAGCUGGAAAGGAUGGCUGCUUGGCUGGUGAGGACCAAAACAGUCAUGAGGGAAUCCCAGACCAGGCUGCAGGAGCAGCAGAACUACUUCAGAGAUGCCAGGCUCUCCCAGAAGGGUCAUCCACGCAAAUUGAUAGACCCCAAAGACCUCACUGCUAGACGGCUCUGGGACAUGUUGAUGGGGAAAUGUCAGGAGAAGCAGCCCUUCUGCAGCUAUGAGGCCUUGGCAGCCAAGUGCUCCCAGCUGGCUCAGGACAAGAGGGCACUGGAAGCCCAGCUGGAAGCUCCUAUGCCCCAGUUGUCUGCCCUGGAGUCCUCCGUAGAGGUGCUCUAUCACCAACUGUACAACAGCUCCAACCAGCUGCAGCUCUCCUCACCGGAGAUCUCUGAGCUGAUGCAGCAACUGGUCAUCAUGCAGGAUGACCUCUAUGAAAAGCUGGAAGACCUCCUGAGGGACUUGGAGACGAAGCGCAGGUCUCUAGAGGACCCCAUGCUGCAGGCAGAGCGCAACCUUUAUGUGUAUUUUUAUAAGGAUCGCCUGAUAGAGAUGGUGGAGGAGCUGGAGAAACAGGCAUCAGCUUCCUCCAAGGGACCCCUGAGGAAGCUGCCCUACAUAAAGGAGUAGGUCAAAAGGGAUCCUUCCUCCUUGCCACAGCAGUGGUGUCCUCUUUUGGUUGGGCUGGGUCCUUAAUUCUGGACUGGGAGAGAACUCUGGUGGACUCUGCUUCAAGGACAGAUUACUUGGGUCAUGACCUGGCAGCUGGAUUUCAAAGGAAACAGAAGCUUAAUCCUUAAAUACAGAG